AUGUCGAAAAGAGGCCGUACUAUUCAAAGCCAAUCGCGUGAGUUGAUUGUGAAGUUGCACGAUUAUUUUGAACGGGAAUCGCUGAAUGGUGGACCUUUAGUACCGGUAGCUCAAGUACAUGAUCGCAUCAUAGAUGCGCUUGGGAUCGGUACGAAAACUAUACGGAAAGUCUUAAAGGAAAAGUAUGGGCCUUCCGGCAGUGAAGACAAUGUUUUACGUACUCCUAAAAAGCGGAAGAAAAGCAAGCCAGUGACAGGUAUCGACUCAUUUGAUGCAGAUGCAAUUCGGAACCAUAUUUAUGGAUAUUAUUCAAGAAAGGAAUACCCUACUGUGAGCAAACUCUUGGUAUCACUGAAAGAAGCUGGCUUGUUUACUGGCAGUGCUACAUCUCUAGUCACAGUUAUGAAACAAAUUGGAUUCGAAUAUAAAAAGAGUGACCAACGAAAGAUAAUUAUGGAGAGGUAUGAUUUAGUACUGCUAAGAGUUUCAUUUUUGAAAAAAAUGAAUAAGAUAACUGAUUGGGAUAACGUAGUUUUCAUCGAUGAGACAUGGUUGAAUUCCAACCAUACAGUGCCACAAUCAUGGACUGAUGACACAAAGGCAUCAUGUUCUAAUGUGCCGAUGGGAAAAGGUGGACGACUGAUAAUUUGCCAUGCUGGAUCAGCUGGGGGAGGUUUUGUGGACAAUGCUUUGCUUGCAUUUGAGUCAAAGAGCACAAAGGAAUACCAUGAGGAAAUGGACGCUGUUAAAUUUAAAGAGUGGUUUGCAACAAGUUUACUUCCUAACCUCCCCCAUAAAUCUAUCAUAAUUAUGGAUAACGCACCGUACCAUUCGAUACACAUUGAUAAGCCACCCACUCAGGCAAACAAAAAGGCAGAUAUAGUGGCAUGGUUGGAAAGACAUGGCAUCGAAGCCGACCUGAACAGUUUAAAGGCCGAGUUAUUACAAUUGGUGAGAGAAAAUAAACCAACAACACCGAGAUAUGAAAUUGACGAACUUGCACAAGAGCAUGGACAUACCGUCAUCCGGACACCGCCGUACCAUUGUCAAUACAACGCAAUCGAGUUAAUUUGGGCUCAAGUUAAAGGCUACGCAGCACGAAAAAAUACAGAGCGACCGUUCUCCACCAAGAAAAUGAUGGGUUUAUUGAAGGAAGCUUGUGCAAAAAUCACAAAAGAAGACUGGGCAAAGGUAGUGCAAAGAACGAAAAAUUUAAUAAAGGCUGAUUUUGAUAGGGACAUCAAUAUUGACAAUAUGAUUGAUAACGAAAUAAUUAUAUACACAGGCGACGAUAGUUCAACGGAUUAUGCUUCUGACGAAAGUGAAUAAAUAUUUAUUUAUUAA